AUGGCACGCUUCUACACACUUGGCCUUCUAUUCACCUUUUUGUUUGGUAACUUUUUUUCUUCGAAUAUUUCAUGAUAAAAGUAUGACUCAGGGUUGGCAAGAUGUCAGCAACUCAUUCCGCUGUCAGAAUUUUCGCCGGAUUUCAAUAUGAAUUUGAGAAAUUUGCAAGUUGGGAUGAAAGUUUAUGUGGCGGCGUUGAUGAAUGACACGUCGCCGUUGAAUAAUCUGGUCUUUGUCAGUGGAGCGGAAAGUAAAACGUAAGGAUCUUAUUCCUUUUUAUGGAGAGUAAAAAAAAAGCUUUCUUUGAUGGUUAUUUGAAAAAUUCUCAAAACUCAGAAACUCAGGACGCACUCAGGAAUUUUUAAGUGGGGUCUAUAGGGGUUAGGGGGAAAACACCCUCUAUAUGCACCGAAAACUGUUCCCUAUAGAGGUAAAAUCAAAGUGGUCCUUAUAGGGGUUUGACGUCUGAACCCUCAGCCGCUAAAGCUUGAGUGGUCUCUACAGGGGUCGUUUAAUUUUUAUUCAAAAAAGGUUAUUUUAUUCAUUUUUUCCAAUGGAAAUGCUGUUUCGCAUGGAGUUCAUAAAAAUUAUCGAUCAGCACGUCCCUUAUAGUGAUCACUUUUGCAAGCUUUAGUGGCCCCUAUAGCGGUUGGUAAAGUAGCCCUAUAGGGACCACUCUGGAGCUCCUAACUUCCUCAAAAACCAAGUUUUUCCAGAGCCUACGAACUGUCGACCAGCUACCAAGAUGAAGCCUCAGGCCUGAAAAUGCCUUGGAUUUUGCCGGUCGCUCAACUUACCGUGAUGAAUUCGAACAAUCAGACAGUAACCCAGUCUAUUACUGGGUACCUCUACGUUCUCACAGCUAACCAGUCCUCAGGUCCUUACUUAACUUUUUAUUUUUAUUUUCUCAAAUAGUUCAUUCAUAACUGUGUUUCGGAUUUUUAAAGGUACAGGGUGAUGCCAAAAAAAUUCCCUACAAUUUUUCGCUUCGUUGAAUGUCCUCGAAAAGCUGUUUCAAUUCAGUUAUUUUAAAAUUCAUCAUUUCAGACAACAACUUCUACGUUUACGAGAUAUUCGGAGAUCAACACAUAUCAAGGCUGAAUGAUCAAAUGUCGACGAUUGUAGUCUUUCCAAAGUUUUCAAUCACCAACGGGUUCCCAGCAAAUACGGCUGUACUUUCGAACAUUAUGAUGAAAGAGGUUCAAUAAAAAAAAAGUUCCACAUGAAAGUGUGCUCUAUGGAUAGCUCGGUGGAAAAAUCAUUUUUUUUCAAAAUUGGCUCAGAAAUAAUUUCAAAAAAAUUUUUAUCACUAAUAUUUACGGUUUUUUUAUCCAUAGGGCGCAUGUUCCUUUGUUGUUGGCAUACAUGGGAUGAUCAUGACUGGCCACAGCAAAUUCCCCCUUCCCCCUUCCCACUUACAAAAAUUAAUUUUUUUGAUUUCUUAUACAUGAUUGUUUGAUUUUUUUCAUUAGAUCGGACUUGCGUUGUUCAGCGCGCACCCUGAAUAUUUUUUUUCGGUUUUUGCCAACCCCUCCCCCCUCUGUACUCGUUUUUUGACCCUUUUUUAUAGGUCCGACCGAGACUAUCCCAUGAAUCCCCCCUUCUAUUCCAGUCUUUAAAAAAAAGUUAAUUUCCAGACCUCAAGCAUGGCGAUUUAUCGAGGCCAUCCCAUUGAAAACGAAUCUUUUGAUGACAACAUCUCCAAAAGGAUGUUCACCAAUCCCAUUGAUCAGUUUGGCAAACGGUAAAUGGAAUGGAAAAGAUCAAGAAUUUAUUUUUCGAUUAGUACAGAUUCUUCUCAAACAUUGAACCAUUGCAAAUCUACUACUCGGCUUGUUACAUCGUUUCAAAUGGCGGAAUCUCUUUCAGGGCUCAAAACAUUAUGGGUUGGUUUUGAGCCUACACAAUUCAGUUGAUAGAACCUUUUUUCACGAAAAUUGGGCUCACUUGAAAGUUCAUGGCCGCACUUGGAAUGGCUCAGCAGACCUGGGACCGCCACAAGUCGCACCGGACUUCAAACGACUUGCGCCCAACUGCAUAAAAAUUCCUUUCCUACGCUCUGAGCCAUUCCAAAUGCCAGCAUGGUGCUUUAUACCGGAGUGUGCAAUAAAAUUGGCAACUUAAAAACGACUCAGGCCCAUCUCAAACCAUGGCAACGUCUGCCACCACGACCGGCUUGAUAAUGGACGAUUACUUCGCAACGAAUGCUUCCGUUAUUUAUAUGCCUGACCGAAACUAUACCGGCUGGACCGGCUUUGUGGUACGUAUUGGAAAAAGUGCAAAGUAAAAACUGAUUUUUUGAAGAUAACUAUGAAAAAUGUACUGUCCCCUGUGGAGGUUAGAAUCGUCGACCCCGUCUAUGGAUUCGCUCAGAAGUGAAUAUUUUUUCUUUUCCAAGUAAAAUUCGUAUAUUUUUUCAGUUACACUUCUGCCGUUCCAAACCGAGCAGUUGAAGUUGCAUUUUUGGGCGAUGCCUUCUAUGUGACGCCUUCCAGAAUUUCCGCCGCUGUUUAUUCUUUCCAAUACUUCCAAAUCCGUCAGUCCUUUUUAUUAUUUCAUUUCUCACUUCUGACCUGUUUUCUUUCACCGGCAAGAUUAGAGAACGUUGAACAUCCGUCAAAUGUGACUGCUUGACUGAUGUAAAAAAUUUCGGAUAUUCCCACAAAUAAUGUUAAUGAAAAUGACUCCAGAAGUCUUGGUCGCAUUUGGAAUGGGUAAAAACGUUACCCAUGCGCUGCGGUUUUCUAAUUCUUGCUUCGGACCGAAAACCACUUGCGCGCUUUCAUUUACAAAAUAUCUGAAAUAACUUGUGCAUUUUGCAGUUUUCAAGCCAUCUAGGAUCCAUAGUCGCAUCGCGGCCAAAAAAAGUAACUUUAAAAUAUUCUUCAGAAGGCGACCUCAUCACGACUACAGGUUUACCUACAAGCAGCCCUGCGACGCCACCAACCAGAAUCUCCACGUCUUCUGGAUCUCCGCCAUCAACUGUUUCCAGCAAAAGUACAACUACCACCACUACGACCACUACGACGAGAAUUCCGACCACCACCACCAAAAUAACAGUUUCUCACUCAAUUUUUGUUUCUGUUAUGGUUUUUGUUCUGUGCCUUAUUUAAUGUACAAUUUUGUUAUUUUUUUCAUAAAUAAACUGUUUGAAUGAUUGUGCCACAAGAUGAUUUAACAGGGAAAAUUAUCACUAAGGAUUGCGGCACGGUUUUGUGGAAGGAGCCUUAAAUAAAAAUGCUCAUUUCUAAAGAUCAAAGCCCCGUUCCCAAAACUGUACCAAGAUUUUUUCGUAAGAACUACGCCUCAGGAUGUUUUGAAGUUCCUAAAUUUUCGUGAGAAAAAAAAAUAUAAAAACUCAGGUAGUGAAAGUUCCCACGAAUGGUCGGAGUAGUCAACAAAUUAGAGCCUUCGGAUCCAUAAUAUUGACGCUUCCUCACUUUCUUUUCAAAUUUUUCGAUCUGUACUCCGAAAUACUCAUUUCUCAAAUCUUAAUGGAACUCUAACAGCAUUCUGAACGUCAUCCAAAAGUCAUCCAGCUCAAAAAAAGCUACAACUGAAAUUUAUGCGACUUGAAAAAUGACCGUAAUCCACUCUUAUGCAAAACCAGCGCUAAGCCGCAAAAACGCAACAUUUUGCAGUUAUUAUUUUUUUUUUCGUUUCAGAUGCUACUGAUCGUCUUUCUUCUACUCUUUGCAGAAUUUGGUAAGGUCUCAUAAUUGAAAUCAAACGUGAAAAAAAAAACGAACUUUCAGGCGCAUCCGACCUCAGUGACUCAUACGAAUACCGAGAUUACGAGAUUUAUCAAAGCCGUAAGCAGCUAGUCCUGCAAUUGUCCUCCUUUCCUUCACACUCCUUCAAAAAAAUCACAAAUGUCGAGUAUGGCAUGCACGUAUACGUUUCCGGCAACGUCGACAGCGAAGAAGUCCUCACGAAAAUUGUCUUAGUGUCGGGAGGCACCUCCAGAACGUGAGAACGACUUGGAAAAUUCUGGCUUGUCUGCGCUCUCUCGUCCUACAAAGUCUCUUGAUCUUGUUAUCAUUAUUUUUCCCACUUCCAUAACCUUUUCUAAAUGCCUUUACAUGAAUUAUCCAAGACCAGAUCAGCCCAAAAAGUCUAGAAAUCAGAAAGCUUUCUUCCAUCAGAGAACCAGAGAGCGCAGAGUUGCCAGACUGUUUCGAAUCACCGUAAAUGAACUAUCUUCAGAAUUCACGAGAUCGCUGUCCAGUACAUGUUCGACGACACGAAAUUGAAAAAUCCGUUCGUUUUAACCGCGGAUGACAUGACUAUCGUCAAUUUGAACGAUGAGGAAACGACAAGACAGCUUAGCGGGUUUUUGUACGUUUUGACGACGGAACAGAGCCGUGGUAGGUUCAAAUAAAUAAAAAAUCACGGAAAAAUGACCUUUCUAAUUUUUGAAUCGAAUCCGCUAUGAAGACACUAUCCAUUGCCUACGCGAUUUCUCCUUAUCAUAAUUUAAAAAAUUAUGUCAAAAAUAGAGUUUCUCUGCCCUCUUUUCCUCAUCAGACUAUCUCGUAUUUACGUCCUAUCUCUGACCUCGCCGGUCAGGGAAAAGAGGGCGCAGACAUGUCAGAAAAUUUCACUGUAUAACUUCAGACGAAAACUUCUACAUCCACGACGUCGCCGGCAAACAGGAGUUAAAGUCGCAUGGAGAAGAUUCAACUAUUGUUCUUCUACCGCGCCGUUGUCAAAAUAGUCUCGAAUAUUCAACAGUCAUAACUGACGUUCGGAUGAGAGACGAGGAACACAAACUACUCCGUAAAUGUCAAAAAAAAUUUUUUUUUCCAGAACUCAACCUUUGAAAUCUACCGAGACGUUCCCAAAGAGAACAACGCAUAUGAGCGGAUUUUUUCGAACCCUCUCGGAGAGCCAGAACUUUACUAGUUCGUUUUUUCUUGAAACGUUUUUGGAAUGGCUUGAUGCUCCGCGGUCGAAGUCGUUUCAUGGUCGGGCGCAGCUCCAAGUUCAGCUACUCCUAAUGUGACCAGAGAACUCAAGAUCUUACUGAAAGAUUCAAUGCAAGCGUCAGUGUCAUAAUUUGAGAUAAAAGUCGUUUCAUGAUCGGGCGCAGUCUCUUAUCAGCCGCGAUGCAAUGAGCCAUUCCAACGCGACCCAAAAUUGAAAAAAAAAAGAAAAAUUCUAGCUUCUUCCCGAAAAUGGAGCCCUUGGAAAUUACGUUGCCCAUUUUUCACAUCGUCCUGACUGGAGGCGUCAAUUUCACUGUCCAAAACGACUACGGUCUGUUGGAAUACAUAUACCGACAAGAUUAUCAUUAUUUGUUCAGAAAUCCAAGAAAACAUCACGGUGACCUCCUCGACCACCACGGGGCUGACUAUGGGAAACGCUUUGAAAAGUAGAAACGUGAACUUGAAACCGAAUCCGGCUUUCUAUAUGAAAACUGGAUAUAUGGUUGGACUCGCCGAAGAACCCUCCAAUGAGAAUUUGACCAAGUUGGAUGUGACUCUCAUCAACGAAGUCGGCUUCUUAGUCUGGGGAACGUGAGUUCAAAAGAAAUAAAGCAAUGAAUGUUGAAAAAAUCAGAAGAAAAAGACAAGAAAAUAGCAAAUUUAGCAGUAGAGCGCAUUGAGUUAAGAAACUUGAGCUAUUUUUCAACAAAAUACCUUCUCAGGCAACUACUGGGAAGUUGUUCGGAAAGUAAUGGGAAGACAGCUUCCACGCCUGCCAGAGACCUGCUGGCCGGCUUCCGGCAAGUCGCCCGAAAUUUUCCAUUUUUCACCUUCUGAACACCUUCCGCAGACCUUCCGAAGACCUUCUAGCUUCCAUACUCCUUCCAACCUCCUGCUAGUUACUUUCCCAGCGCCUUCAUAGGAUUCGCCUGAGACCUUCCAAGGACCUUCCAACUACCUUCUGAACACCUUCCGAAGGCCUUUUCAAGACAUUCUAGCUUCCGUACACCUUCCAAACUCCUGCUGAUUGUAUUCCCAGUGUUUUCCCAGGAUUCGCCUGAGACCUUCCAAGGACCUUUCAACUACCUUCUGAACACCUUCCGAAGGAUUCUCAAGACCUUCUAGCUUCCAUUCUCCUUCCCAGAAUUUGCCCGAGUCUCAAUUUUCCCGAAAUAUUAUCAGAAAAGCUGAAACCAGAACAAAUACUCUCCCAUUAUCAAUUCUAAUCAAGAAAUUCAGCCAAUAUACAGAUUUUUCCACUUCUAAAAAUUCCAGCUACCAGUCCUCGGCGACAAAUGGAGUUCGGGAGUGGGAUUUCGCGCCUAUCGUCAUGCAAAUCAGAACUUCGCCAACGACAACGAACCAGUAUAGCAUCCAGUACUACCAGAUCGGUUUUUUUUGAGAAAUUAUUAAAGCACUUUUUUUUCAAUUUUCAGAAGACUUGGCCAUCGAGAAUACGACAACUACCGUGGCCCCGAAAAAAUCAAUGAAUUGUGAGAAUACCGCCCCGAAAUCUGCCCUUUCUUUUUUGAUUUUUUCGUUUCUUGUCGUUUUCCUCUUUAUCUGAGUAACCUGUUCUUGAGAAUCAGUCGAAACUUGCCAAAUUAAUCAAGAAUGACUUCAUUUCCAAUUAAAAGUACAAUAAAAUCCAUUUUUCCUGCCCUUUCUGUUUACAGUGACCUCAAUAAACUUUGAAAUCAACUAUGACAUUUUUCGACAUUGACUGAAAAGCCGAAAUCUGGGUUUUUUCAGCGUCUGAGGAACUUCUGAACCCUCCUUUUUGACGCAGGGCACGCUAAAAAAAAAACCCUCAGAACUAUUAUUUUCCAACAACUCUUCAGAAAAUUUCAAAUUAAAUGAAGACAGAAGGAAAAAUACCUUAUUUUAUUUCCUACUGCUGAUGACGUGGAAGCCGAACAGAAAAAAGAAUUGAGAAGCGAACCGUAGACUUCUGGGAAUCAAAAAAAUAGAUCGAGUGAUGGAAAAUUUUGAACUGUGGAGAAUAAUCUCUGGGCAGCCUACCCUCCCUCCCAAGGAUUCUCAAAUUUUAUUCAGUACUACCUCCCUGAGCUUAGAAAUCAUUGUGACUCGGCAUGUUGGCUAAUUUUUGUAAGGCGACUCUCCGACGUCGAGUGGAAACCCCCUGGUCGUUGGCGCUGAAAAUUGAUCUGUCAAUGUAUGCUUUCUAUUUUAAUGCAGUUCAAAAUACACGUUAUUGUUUCCUACUUCCAAAACAAAAUGUAACGUCUAUGCUUCGUAUCCGAGGAUGAAAAUUCUCGGUUUUGCUUUUUUUCUAUUGUACACAUCUUUUAUCGCUGGAAGCUCCCAGGUUUGAUUCCGAAGGAUUCUUGAAAAAAACUGAAAAGUUCAGAAAACCGACUCCACAGUCACAUGGACAGGAAAAAGACUGAUUUCGAAGUCUUCGGCCGCCGAUCGGCCCUGGGAGCCGAUCCGAAUCCAAAUUCAUUAUCUUGAAUCUCUCAGCAAGUGAGUUCCAUCUCCGGAACUUCAAGCAUCUUUGAAAAGUUGACAUGCAAUGGAGAGACAAGUGGCUCAGAGAAGGAGGAGAAUAAUGGCGGCCAGAAGAGAGAUCAGAGAAAGAAAGGUCUCUGAUUGUCUGGCGUCUCUUCAAGCCCCUUUUGGUCUCUUCUUCACCUUUUUGAGCUUUCAUUUGCUUUUGAAUUGUAAGUGUAUUCCAGGAUGAAGGAGGAAGAACAAGAAAUGGUGAAAAAAGCGAUAGAUGAGGCUUUAAAAUAUUAUGAUGUCAAGAUUCGUAGAAGCUUCUCCGGCCUGCUUCUUCACUUAUCGUAAGCUACAACUUAUCAUUAUCAAAUACAGUUCAAGGGCCGAAAUUACUUAUAAAAGUACCAAUUCGCCAAAAGGGAAUAAUAUAAUUGAAAACAGAUUGAAUGAGCUCUGAAACUAUUCUCCUGUCUAAAAAAUAUCAAUGUAGAAAGGUCGACGGUGUGUUUGUCGUGUGCGGAAAAAAGGAUACGCCUCCAAUAACAUCAGUGAACUUUUUCCGCGUAAGAUUUUAAACUUUAUUCGCCGUGGCUUGAAACCGUCUAGCCUGUCUGCACUCUCUAAAUCACUCAGAAUUCGAGAGGAAAGAGCACAAAGGGGUCAGUUCCAAGUUAUGGCGAUAGGAAAAAAAAAAUUGAAAAAACUUUUUUUCAGUGUCUACCAACCCAGAAAGAUUGCAAAGAGAAGCCCUUAGAUGUGAGUAAAAAAAUCAUUGACAGACAAGGGAUUUUCCCUUGGAAAAUUCACCUUUUCAUUGGCUUGAGCCAUCGAAAAAAGGGUCCUGACACGAUAAAAAAAAGAGACAGUGCCUGGUUAAUGGAGGGCGCAGACAGGCCACGCCCUCACCGGCUCAAGCCAGUCGUGAACCAGCUAUACAAAGGUCCAUUGCAUCAAAACUGAGCAGUUUUCAGGCUGAUUUUGUUUGGUUCAUAAAUAUCGAUCUCGGACCGCCGAAGGUGAAUCAGAAAUCGAAAACCCUUGCUCAUGCGAACCCUUGUAGCUCGUAGUUUUGAAUUGUUAUUUCAAGUUUAUAGAAUGAAAUGAAUUUUUGAAAAUGUUCUAUAGCUGAUUCACGGCUGGCUUGAGCCAUCAAAAAAAAAGGUCCUGAAACGAUAAUCUACAAGAUAGCGCUUGGCUCGUAGAGAGCGCAGACAGGACACGCCCCCUUAGCGUCCCAAGCUAGCCAUGAAUCAGCUAUAGAGUUUCUAAAAACUCGCUGUGGUGAGUUCAGACUUUCUCAAUUAUUUUUUCCAGUGAUCGCUUUACAAAGUGUGCUACCGGACGCCGAUUUCACUACUCGUUUGGAUAUAAAACAACAAAUCCUUUCACCCAAUGUCCAUUUUGUCCGGUGAGUUUCUACCCGACCAGGAUGACCAAGGCUUGAAAAAGUCUUGGCCGCAAAAACUAUUACCAUCCAAAAAUAUUAACGAUAAUGAAUAUUUUUUUGAUUUAAGGUAGUAACCUGCAGUCACGCGUCGCAAAGUCAAGUGAGUUAUAAACAGAAACUUUUUUUAAUCCGAAUGAUUAUCGUGAAACAAUCUUCAAACGCUUUGAAAAAAUUUUUUCAGGAAAAGAGAUUUUUGAGAAAUUUUAGAAGUUUCAGUCACUCUUGUAAGUAUUUACUUGAAGCCUUACAAAAACAGGAGGAAAACUAUGAUUAUUAAAAAUAUUCGUGCCCCUAGAAGAAAUCAACAAUAAAACUGCCAUUUACAAAGUUUCUAACUUUUGACAUACUAUGAGAAGCACUACAAGGCGAUAUUUAUAUUUCGAACCACAUUUUUUUUUACUCAUUCUCAUCCUUGGAAGACUAUAAAAACUCCUGGCAACGGCUAAACGGUCUGAAAACCAAAAUUUCAGGCCUGGCGCUGUUUGGAGCACGACGGCGAGAGUAUUGUGACUUCAUUUGUACCAAGAGUACUGGGUGGUGUUAAGGCGGAGUGGAGAACUUUCAACGAACCAUAAUGAUACGAGGUUCGAGAAAAAAAAGUAGAAAUUUAAGUAUCCAAAAAACAUCUUGGACGAAUUUUUGAAUAUAGAAAAGAUGAUUUUGUUAUAUGAACAGUAUGAGAAAACUAAUAAACUUUAUUCAAACUGUAGUCUUUGCCAGAAACUGGAACUGUCUAGAUUCGCAGUUCAAAAAAUUACAUGAAUUUUUGAGAUCAAAUGCAAGGAUAACAAAGUCAGCUUUGUUUCCGAAGGUGUGACCUACGAAUGCGACGAGCCUGGCCAAAAAAUCAAAUUGAAUGAGGUCAGAAAUCGAAAAAAUAGUCACAUUUGCAAUGGAACAACUAUUACAAAAAUUACAGGCCUAUGAGAAAAACCAUCAGUGGCACUUGCUUAAUUCUCUUUAUUUUGAUGAGAGUGAGCUCAACCAGAUUUCGGUUGUUUUUACUUCGAAAUUAAUAUUCAAUUGGAGAUUUUUAGCAUUUCCAAAGCUACACGGUCAACCGGACUGUCAUUUGUCCUGAAUAUUCGGACGUUUGCGAGGAUUCAGAUUCAGAUGAUCCUGAGCCAGAUAAUCAUCCUUCAACUUUUCCACUCCUUCACGUCUUCUUUUUAA